AUGCAUUUUCAGCAGGACAGCCUUAUAUGGUCUGGACUGGUUGAAUCAAAGAUUCGACAUCUAAUUGCGCAGCUGGAACGACAUCCAGCCAUCGCGCUCUGCCAUAUACACCCAAAAUACUUUUUGCCACUGACAGAUCCACUACCGGUCACGGCACCGAUUCCAGAUCCCGUUUGUCGCGUCUGGUUUAUCGGAUUGGAUUUGAACAAGCAGUUAAGCCGAAAUAUUGACAUCCAGAACGAGGUACAAAGCUUCCUGGAUAUUGUCACAUCGGCAGCACAUAAUCAGUGCAUUUAUAAUGAAGGAAUGAGUGUCCUACCGCAGUACCUUCGCAGAGCGGAACUCCCCAGAUGGCUGAAACCAGCGGACUUGGCAAGAGGCCGAAAAGCAACGAAGAAAGUUAAAUACAAUGCGACGCUUCAGAGACAACAGCAAUCAGUUAGUCUCUCUCUUUGUUUGUACUGGGAAAAGUGGUAA